AUGCACUUGGCACCCAGCCAUGGUUCCUGCCUGGCAGCUCUUCGCAGCCCCUCCGCGCCCUCAGCGACUCCACGACGGCAGCGCACGCCUCCGCGCGUGGCCACGCGUGCGGCGGGUCUCUGCGCGCUGGUGGUGGGCGGCACAGGGCGGGUGGGCGGAAGCAGCACCCGAUGGCUCAAGAAAUUGGCCAAGGAGAACCAGAUGGAGUUGGAGCUGAGUGUUGGAGGUCGACGGCGGGAGAACUACGAGAGCUUCAAGGAGCGCUGGACGGAAGGCGCCGACGUGCCCAACUUCGUGGAGAUUGACCACAGCAACGAGGCUUCCAUCAACAGGGCCCUGACGAUGAAGCCUUGGAAUCUCAUUCUUCACACCGCUGGACCUUUCCAACGGGUCAAGGAGCCCAGAAUCCUCAAGGAAGCGCUACGCUUGAGACUGCCAUAUGUGGAUGUGUGCGAUGACACCGACCUCUGCAAAGUGGCCAAAUGCCUGGCUGAGUCAGCGGCUUCCGAUGGAGUGCCAGCAGUGGUCUCUGCUGGGAUCUGGCCGGGGGUUUCAGCACUCAUGGCUUGCGAAGCCCAUGAACGUCUUGGUGACAUCGAGGAUCUGACCAUGUCCUUCUACACCUCUGGAACCGGCGGUGCUGGACCAACCAUCGUCAGUGCCACAUUUUUGCUUCUGGCAGAGCCUCCUUUGAAUUACAAGGAUGGCCAUGCGGUGCGCGCUGAAGCCUGGGGAAAUCGACGCAAGGUGGACUUUGGGGCUGGGGUUGGAGAGCAGCCGGUGCAUUUGCUAGAUGAGCCGGAGGUCUAUACCUGCCACGAGCACCUUCAAAUUCCCAACGUCUCGAGCAGCUUCGGCACCGCGCCGGACAUCUGGAACUGGAUGUUUGCCGCCUGUGCCAAGGCCCUCCCUGCGGAGAUCCUGGCGAAUCGGUCGCUGAUGCAGAAUGUGGCUGUCUUCUCGAUGCCCAUCAUCACCGCCGUUGACCGCCUGGUGGGCUCCAAGAACGCCAUGCGCAUCGACGCCAGGAGCCGCAGCGGCGAAGAGGUGACGUUGCGGGUGACGCACGAAGAUUUGGAGGACUGUGUGGGCUUGGCUACGGCUGCCUUUAGCCUGGAGGUUCUGGAGGGCCAUGUCGCGCCGGGUGUGUGGUUUCCCGUGGAAAUGGCUGCGAAUCGCGCCAAGAUCUUUGAGCGAGUGAAGCAUGGUAGUGUCUUUUGGGACAUGUAG